AUGGCGGCGGGCAAGCGCGGGGCAGCUCGGCCCCGCCCGAGGCCGCUGACGUGCGCUCCGCCUCCCGGCUUAAGGGGCGGCGGCGGCGCCUCUGUGGAGCUGUGCGCGGCGCUGGUUGAUCGGCGGGCUGCUCGUGGGCUGCUCAGGCCGUGUUGGUGUCACCGCGGGCGGCUUGGCCAAGACGAGAGCUCUCUAGGAGGGCAUGCUCACCUGGAGGUGUUCUACACUUCAAUGCAGAGCAGGUGAUUCACACUGCAGCAAAGCGUCUGUUUUAUUGCGGAAUUUGUUACUGUUUUGGUACGAGACCCCAGGACGCAAAAAGAAGACUCAUGGCAUUCUUACAUAGACUACGAGAUAUUUAUUCAUACAAACAGUAUGUGCUUUACGAGGAAAACAUCCUGUGUUAGACGGCGCUUCCGAGAAUUUGUUUGGCUUCGGCAGAGGCUUCAGAGCAAUGCUGUGCUCAUACAGUUACCUGAACUGCCAUCUAAAACUCCCUUUUUCAAUAUGAACAAUCCCCAUCACGUGGACCAUCGUCGCCAGGGCCUGCAGGAAUUUCUGGAGAAGGUUCUACAAAAUGCAUUAUUGCUCUCGGACAGCAGGCUUCACCUCUUCCUACAGACUCAGCUAAGUCCGGAAGAUAUGGAGGCUUGUGUAUCUGGGCAGACCAAAUAUUCUGUUGCUGAUGCGAUUCAGAAGUUUGCCUCUUUGAACAGGCGCUUUCCUAUAGAAGAUGAAGAGAGAAAAAAAGGAGGAAACGAUGCAGACUCUGAUUCGGAGAGUUCAUCCUCCGGGCUUGGACCUAGUGAUGACAGCAUUUCAUGUGGAUGUAAAGCAAGCCUAGCUUCUGAAGAAUCAUGAAAGAUCAGUUCUGUAUUCUUAUCUUAAGGACAGCACAAAAUGGUUUCUUCUAUGUUUACCAGUUACAUACCCCACAUAAAUGCAACUUGCUAGCAACAAGCACCUAAAAGACUCAUUGUCAACACAACAGUAUGUCCUUACAGAGUUUUUAAACAGGCCUCAAUAUUAUUUCUUUGAUUUAUUAUGUCUGCUGACUCAGGUCUAUGUGUUACCUAUUGCAUUUACUUCUCUGUAACUAUAAUAAUCUCAGCAUUGGGUUAGUCGUGUUCUGCUGACUGACGUGGCUGUUAAAAUAUUUCCCUUAGUGAGUGCACGUCUUAGAGCUGGAAAAAUAAAGAUAACUUCAUCCUCA